UUUAAAUCUAGUUACAUUAAGGGUUUUAUGUUGGCUGCUUUGCGACAUGCGUGAUUCACUUCUUCUCACACCUCACUUUUGACAGUUUUUCAUUUCGGCGAGUUUUGUUAAGUAAAAAAUUAAAAUGUUUGGUGGUGGCCGUGCUCCUAUUGUUGUUUUAAGCAAUAACACAAAGCGUGAGAGUGGAAGAAAAGUUCAGCUGGAGAAUAUAAAUGCCGGAAAGCAAAUCGCCGACGUGAUAAGGACAUGUUUGGGGCCACAAGCCAUGCUGAAAAUGUUGAUGGACCCGAUGGGGGGUAUCGUGAUGACGAACGACGGUAACGCCAUCUUACGUGAGAUUACUGUACAACACCCGGCCGCCAAAAGUAUGAUCGAAAUCGCACGCACACAAGACGAAGAAGUGGGCGAUGGUACCACUUCAGUUAUCGUACUGGCUGGGGAAAUGUUGGUGGCCGCCGAACAAUUCUUGGAGCAACAGAUGCACCCCACAGUCAUCAUCAGGGAGUACAAGAAAGCUCUAGAAGAUAUUGUAACUUUAUUAGAGGGGCCUUUAAGUGUGCCUGUGGACAGGAACGAUAAGGCGGCCGUUGCGCAGGUCGUUAGGGGUUGCAUCGGCACCAAAUUCAUCUCCAAGUGGGGGGAUUUGGCGGUUAACAUCGCUUUGGACGCCGUCAACACGGUUUUGCUCGAAGAGAACGGCAGGACCGAGGUGGACAUCAAAAGGUACGCCAAAGUCGAGAAGAUACCCGGCGGGUCUAUCGAGGAGUCUCAGAUUAUGAAAGGUGUUAUGAUUAAUAAGGAUGUUACCCAUCCCAAGAUGAGGAGGUACAUUAAGAAUCCGAGGAUUAUGUUGUUGGAUUGUUCUUUGGAGUACAAGAAGGGAGAGUCUCAGACCAAUGUUGAAAUAUCUGGACAAGAGGACUUCACUCGGCUUCUGGAGAUCGAAGAGGAGCACGUGCGUCGCCAGUGCGACGACAUAAUCGCGCUCAAGCCGGACGUCGUGUUCACCGAGAAGGGCGUGUCCGACUUGGCGCAGCACUUCCUGCUCAAAGCCGGCAUCACUGCCAUGCGCAGGCUGCGCAAGUCCGACAACAACCGCAUCGCGCGCGCGUGCGGCGCCACCGUCGUCAACAGGACAGACGAGCUGCAGGAGUCCGACAUCGGCACCGGGGCGGGGCUCUUCGAGAUCAAGAAAAUGGGCGACGAGUACUUCUGCUACGUUACCGAAUGCAAGAAUCCCAAGGCUUGUACCAUUCUUUUGAGAGGCGCCAGCAAAGAUAUUCUAAACGAGACCGAACGUAACUUGCAAGAUGCGUUACAAGUAGCCAGAAAUAUCGUUCUCUCCCCCAGGUUGGUACCUGGAGGUGGUGCUAUUGAAAUGGCCGUGUGCCAAAAGUUGCUAGGAAAGGGAACCUCCGGACCGUACACCGCUUUGGCGCAUGCUUUAGAAAUUAUUCCACGUACUUUGGCGCAAAACUGCGGCGCCAACACCAUCAGAACUCUGACGGCUUUGAGGGCCAAGCACGCGAAUCACACGGACGCCAGCGCCCCCUGCACCUGGGGAAUCGACGGGGAAACCGGGGAGCUCGUGGAGCAAGGCAAGAAGGGUUUGUGGGAACCCCUGGCUGUCAAACUGCAGACAUACAAAACAGCUAUCGAAACUGCCAUUUUAUUGCUGCGAAUUGACGAUAUCGUGUCCGGUUCUAAGAAGAAGGGGGGCCAGGAGCCACCCACACCCAGCCAAAUGGCACAGCAACCCCAGGAGUAGAGAGUAUUAACACUUUUUAAUUAUUUUAUAAUUAUUAAUGUGUUCAUUUCAAUUUCAAAUUGGUUUAUCAUCAAUUUAGCUUUAUUAAUCACUUAAUAUUUAACCGUCACUUUGUAUUCACCUAUUUUGCUAAUAAACAAUUAUUUUAAAGUG